CGAUCGUAAAGUGGAAAAUUCCUAAGCCCAACCUGACGACCCGAUCUCAACAUUGACUUGAAUGCAUUACAACCCUCAGGCUUCCGGAAUUUUACCAAAUUUUGACGCAUUGCAUUACGAUGUUGUUGAAAUGAUGCCCCUUCCUACGAUGUUUUUGAUUAACCGUCGCCUAAAUUUCGCACCGAACUACACGCCUUCAUUGACCACACUGUUAUAAAAGAACAAAAGGUUGUACAGUACACUAAUUCUAAAUAGUACUACGACGGUUGAAAUAAAAAAAUGGUUCUGCGCGGACGCGGUGAUCCGACGCAGAAGCAGGAUGUGAGCUACAAGCUCCCGCCCGCGGACAAGCGCGCGGGCGUUUUUGACAAAAAUUUUCAAGUUUUGAACACGUCGAUUGAAGUCUGGCUCGAUGCGAUCCACGAACAGGAAUCGAAGGCGAAAAAAGCCGCAGCUGCUGCCGCAGAGCAGGAAGAGAAGGAUAAAGAAGCUCCUGCCUCGACUACUCCGUCGUCGAAAGCGCCUUCCUCCAAGGGCCCCGGGUCCUCGAAGAAGGAACCCGGGUCCUCGAAGAAGGAACCCGGCUCGAAGAAGGAGCCAGGCUCCGCGCGAUCGCAAAAUAAAGCAGGUUCGGAUGCUGGUGCCAGUUCAGCAGCAGACCCGCAAACGCCAGUUCUUCCCACGUUCAAGAAGGUCCAGCUCACGCAGAAAAUUCAGAACUCCUACAUGCAACUGCGGGAUUUGUUGAACGCAUGGGUGCAGGACACGAGGGACCGGGAAAAUCUGCGAAAAUCGUUUGUGACGGACAACAACGUGCCGCAGUUGGUGCUGUUGAUCGUGCUGUGUGAGCAGGCGCCGUUGCUGGAAGCCGACAUGUUCGACGCCAUGAAUUUGGACGUAACGAAACUUAUUUCAUAAAUGUUUUUUCUUUCAUGCGGAAGUUCAAACAUAGAUUCAUUGUAUACCGUAGCUAGCUUCUUCUGCGAUACUAGUGUCUUGCCAUGCGCAUGCCUGGCAACUGGUCUCGAUACUGAUACUCGAUUUAGGCCGGGGCCCUUGGAGGUCAAUGAUUCGAAACAUGAGAAGCUCUUUCACUUUUCUACCUUCGUGCUAUCCUGGGGUCACAACAUCAAAAAACUAAAAUAACAGGAAGCGAGUCGCAAGAAGCAAUCCGACGAUCGUUGGGCGGGGUGCAAGAAGGCCGCGGAGAUCGUGAUCGACGUGGUUCUGGAUGUGCACCAGAGGAACCAGAUGCGUUUGAAGCUUGAGGAGGAACGGAGGCGAUUAGCCGGGGAAAAGAUUCCCUCGGGGCCGCCGUUUACCAACGAAGAGGAGAUGAAAUCUUGGCUGAGCAGCUUGAAGGAGGAGCCAGCUGUUGAAGAAGAGCCAGAACGACCACCUGUUGUGUCAGAACCCCCGCCUCCACAAAUUCCAGAGCCGAAAUCCGAACCGCCCCCAAAGCCGGAGAAGCCAGCGCCCCCCGUCCCACCGAGUAAACCGAAGAGCCCAGUCCCGCCGCAGGCACUGCUUUUGAAGAACCUCGUAUGGAAGCGUCAGGUUUGAAAUCCUCAAAGUUGAAAUAAUUUGUAAUGCAUAAAAUGCGAUACAAAAAGUGACUCUAUUGCAGAGGACCCACGGGAGGCAGAUGAUAGUCCUGGUAAGGGUCAAAAAUUGGACUGCUAACUAGCAUGACAGAAGGCAGCUCUUUUGCCCUAAACCGCAUGACAGACUCGCUUCCAGGACCGGGAAAAUUUGUCAUGCACCGACUACAAACUGUAGGUCUAACUGGUAUCCGUUUUAUGCAUGACAAACUAUUUCAACUUUGACGAUUUCAAACCUGACACAUCCAUACCUCGAGCAGCAGGAGAAAUUGAAGCCGGAGGCGCACAAGAAACUGCUAUCAAAUGUAAAAAUGUCUGGGUCUGGAAGAUUGCAACUUGUCAUGCUGUUUUUGGACUCUAAAAAAAAUUGUAUUGCAUGACCAGCAAAAUGGGUACGCUUUUUGCCACUUUUUGCUACACAGACAGGCCAUUUCUCAUGCGGAAGAUGCAUCAGGAAGCCCUCUAAAAGUCUGCGAUGCUAGUUCAAGCAUUACAGGCAUCAUAGGUCAUGAGAAAUAUGCAUGACAAAUCUUGCAUUCUUCCAGACCCAGACAUUUUUACAGUUGAUAACUGCUGAUGAUCAACCAUUUGGAAGAGGAGAACGAGAAGCAAAGAACCCUUUUGACACACGAAAAACAAUUGAAACAACAGAUCGAAAUCAUCCAGCAGGAACAAAUCGAGCAGAAGCUGCUCGUCACCAGCCGCAUCGACUUGUUCAAAAAACUGAUCAAGGACGCCAUCAGACGGAGCGACAAAUUCACCGACGAGCGGAAGUGGCUGCUGACGCAGAAGAUGAAUCUGACGUUCGACCAAUUGCUGGCGAAGAAGGACCUGACCGUGUUGGAAAAGCACCUCUACACGUUCGGCAGCAAAUCCAGAAGUUCGCAGAUGGGCCGGCUGGAAAAGGAGUUGCUUGAGCACGAAGAGGACACGAAGAAGCAAGCCAUCGGCGAUUUGCAGCAGCGGCUGGAGGAGUUGCUUGCUUUGGCGAACUCGAAGGACAAACACAAGUUUUUGACGAAGAACGGGGAAGUGGAGAAAAAGCUAAUGUCGGACUUGGAACGGGAACUCAUCGAAAUGGAAAACAUGCCCACCACGGCGUCCAGUGGAAAUGACGAGAUGAAUGGAAAUGUUCGGAGCGAAGGAAAAAAACCGAGAAACAGCCAAACAACUACGCGAAGGAGCAGACGGCGCACGACAGGGUCUGUGUCGUCGAUGCCGGGAAUAAGGCCGAACAGUUCAACAACUUCCCCGCGCGGGGGGCCACCGGUCGUGCGAAACAGCAACUGGUCGAGCCGAAGCCGGACGUCGCACACGGAGGACCGCUUCUAUCUCCACCCGUUUUCCCGACAGGUCGGGUCCGUGGUCCAGGAAAUUCAAAGGCAACGCGACUACACGGUGGAGGCCCUGGUGUCCGCCAGGCGGGCAUCGCGGGGGGUCAACGUGCACGAAGAAAUCAUGGCCGCUCAAGGUGUAGUUGAUCAACAGAUGCCCUCCUGGCUUCGCAUGAGCAGCAAGAAAUCCAUGCUGUCUUCCCGGUCCUCUCUCACGGAGGCUGUCACCACCGCGGGGAGACGCUCCGUUGGGUCGGUCGGGGGUACCAUGCAGCACAUCGAGUACGACACGAAAACCGGGAGGUUGAUGAAGAAAAAGCUGAGCGUGCACAGCAGCAAAGUCGGGUCGAUCACUGGCGGUGGCGGGGAAAACACCAUUAAGCCGGCGGCCCAGAGGAAUUCCGCCGCGGACGUGCUGCUCGCGCGGGACUUGACGGAGCAACGGGAUGUGCAAAUCAUGCAGAAAAAAAUCAAACAAGGGAAACAACAACAAACUGCAAACAAGAAAAAAACGCAGAACCUGCACCCGGUGACAAAGAAGCCCGCCCCCGGGCAGCCGAAUGCGCAGCUGACGAAGUUCUUGAUGCAGAAGAAUUUGGAGAUUCUGCCGAAAGAUUUCUCCAAGGCCAACACCGAUCCAAACAAGUCGUUGAAAGAUCUCGCAGUGGAUUUGAAAACCAUCAUCCCGAAGAACACGACCAUCGAGAUCCGGGUGCAAAAACUGAAGGCGAAAAAAGCGAAGCUGGAGCAAACGAACGCGCUCGUGACAUCGAAUUUAUUGCACAAGGAUUUACACCGGUACGAAACACGCAUGAUGAAGCUCGAGUACCAGUGGGGCAAGGAAAUUGAGGACCUGCACAAAAUCUUGUCAAGGCAGCAGGUCAUGCACGACGGGACUGCGAUUUGAGAUGGAGAAGGCUUGUGCCACUGACGACCCGGACUUUAUGUUCUUUUGACGACGCGAAGGCGAAGCAAGAGGCACUUUUUGCUAGACGCUAAAGGUGCUUAGUAGUAUCGUCUCGAAUUUAUUGUUCCAUUGCUUCGAGUUAAAAGUAAUCGUAAGCAAACCGCACGAGUAGAAGGGCGCACUUGAUAUCCACCAUUGCAUUGCAAAAUUUGCGACGCAGAGCUUUCAUUUGUAUGAUUUUCUGACUUUCUUUUCCCCCUGAAAAAUCGAACGAUGUUAUCUUCAAGUUGAGACCCAAAGUAGUCUGACAAGUACAGUUUUCCUUUCCAACUCUCUAAAUUGACGACCUAAAAAAUGUUCUAGUAACGCCAAGUAUAUUUUUUGAAAAGGAGCAGUACCCGCGCUCGCAAAUAUAUUGAUAAGUUUGUUGUCCUCUACGAAGUCCUCCGCACUUUUCCCACUUGAAGACGGACGUGAGGUGAUGUUGGCGCAACUUUCUUAGGCGUUCUUACCCUGCGCCGAAGUUGCGCUGACCCCAGCUUUGAUGAGCGAAGUGAUUUCAUGUGUACAAUUGCGCGCGGUCAGUUAUUUAAAAGAAGCGAAGAGCAUG